AUGGACCAAUGGGAAAUGAGACAGUCAUCAUCGAAUUUGCCGGAUAUAUCAAUGGAACUGGACACAACUUUACCCUAUUCAUCGCUCCUACGACAGAAACUUCCUCUACAACUGGACUUUCGUCUACAACUGGAACUUCGUCUACAACUGGAACUUCGUCUACAACUGGACCUUCGUCUACAAACGGAGCUCACUCUACAACAGGAACAUCGUCUGCUCCUUUAA